AUGGCAGGAUAUUUAGGAAGAGUUCGUAGUCAAAUGUAUGAUAGAAUUAUCCGUGUUAAUCAUGCCGGUGAAUUAGGAGCUGAUCGAAUUUAUUUUGGACAAAUGUUGGCCCUACGUCGUAAAUAUCCAGAAAAGGCCGCCGUCAUUCAGAAAAUGUGGGAUCAAGAAAAAGCGCAUUUGGACAAGUUCGAGUAUCUCGCCGGUAAACACAGGGCUCGAAAAAGUGUCUUAGUACCCAUAUGGCAAUUCGGUGCUUUUGGUCUCGGUUUUAUUCCUGCUCUUUUAGGACCAAAUGCAGCGAUGGCGGUAACAGAGGCUGUCGAGAAAGUGAUUGUUGAACAUUACGAUAGCCAAUUAAGAGAAUUGAUGGCCGAUGAUCCAAAAGUAAAUGAAGAUAUGAUCAAGACAAUUAGUCAAUUUCGAGACGAUGAACAACAUCAUCACGACUGUGCCCUUGAACACGACGCUAAAUUGGCUCCCGGGUACCAACUUCUCUCGUCGGCGGUAGAAAACAUUUGUAAAGUCGCUGUUAAAGUAGCGGAGAAAAUUUAA